AAAAAAAAUCACCAGUCACCAAUCCUUUCUCCCAUUUCAACUGUGGGAAACCCCGUCAAUUCUUCCUUUUUUCUUCUUUCUUGUAAUUAAACAAUCGAUCAUGGCGAAACAGUCCACACCUCCUCCUCAAAGAUCCUAUGAUCCAGUGUUAGAUGAAAAAGCAAGAAGAAGAUUACAAAUGCCUCAACAAAUGGCUCCGAGAUUGAGAGCUCGUCAGAUUCAAGUAGCAUCUUGGGUUCUUUCCUUAACACUUUCAGGUUAUGUUGUAUUAUUUGCUGAUUUUGGAAAACAAGAACAUUGUUUCUCACCAAUACGUCGAUGGUUCUAUGCUAAACGCAGGGAAUUUUGGUCACUCAGCCCUCAAGAACAAGAAGAUAUGAAGGAUCAAGGUCGAUUAUAGUAAAAAUCUAGUUAUCAUUCUCUUUAGUAAUAUUACCCGAUAGAUAAUAAUUAGAAUAGUGUUAUAUAUUGUACAUAGAUGAAUUAAAAAGAAAGAUAUCUUUGAAUUUUAUAUUUGAUUUAUCCCUUUCUCUAAUAAUUAUUCAAAUUGUUUGAUAGCAA